AAAAACGAUCCACUGAAAAUCAGCUGUGAGCGGUGCUUGUUAAAAAAGCAGGCGACUUCACAUAACACAAGAGCAAAUUUUCAGCCUUUUCAUUAUUUUGGAAACGCCAGAAUGCUGACAAACUGUGCCUCCAAGACGCUGGCCGCUGUGCGCGCCAACAUCCGGGCAAUUGCCACCAGCAGUGCCCGGGCCAGCGAGAAUCUGUUUGUGCACCGCGACACGCCAGAGGAUAACCCCAACAUCCCCUUCGAGUUUACAGCGGAAAACAAGAAACGCGUCGAGGCCAUACUAAGCAUCUAUCCGGAGGGCCACAAGCGCGGUGCCAUGAUUCCGCUACUGGAUCUUGCCCAACGCCAAUAUGGCUGGCUACCCAUCUCCGCCAUGCACAAGGUGGCCGAGAUCCUUCAGUUGCCAAACAUGCGCGUCUACGAAGUGGCCACCUUCUAUACGAUGUUCAUGCGUAAACCCACUGGCAAGUACCACAUUCAGGUGUGCACCACUACGCCCUGCUGGCUGCGCGGAUCUGACGACAUUCUGGAGACCUGCAAGAAGCAGCUGGGCAUCGGCGUUGGUGAUACCACCAAGGACAAAAAGUUCACCAUCUCAGAGGUUGAGUGUUUGGGCGCCUGUGUCAAUGCACCCAUGGUGGCAAUCAACGAUGACUACUAUGAGGACCUGACGGCCAAGGACAUGCAGGACAUCCUUAACGAUCUGAAAGCUGAUAAGAUUUCGCCCCCUGGCCCCCGCAACGGUCGCUUUGCUAGCGAGCCGAAGGGCGAGCCCACAUCUUUGAGCGAAGAGCCUAAGGGACCUGGUUUCGGUCUGCAGGCCGGCCUCUAGAGGAUUAGCAAUGGAGCAGAACCUAUCACUGAUUGUCGAACGAAAGUUAAAUAAAUAUUAAGCAACUCUUAGAGGUCA